AUGGACAGCUCCUCGACGCCGCUCGCCGACUACUUCUGGAUCGCCGGCGUAGAGUCCAUCUCCUACAAUGACCCUACCCCGCAGCCGCCCCAGUCCAACCUCGAGUCCACCAUCGUCGAGGACAGCGAACAAGAGGACAGCGAUAGCGAUGUGAACGCCACUCCGAGCAAGCGCGUUGCCCGCCACUCGAGACAGAACUCGGGCGGCCGCACCUCCAAUGGUCGCUUCUCCAUCCAUACCCUCGACGAGGUUGACGGAAACACGAGGAGCAACCGAAGCAGCGCUACGAUUCGACCCUCUCAGCUCAACCAGGUCGCUGCCAAUGGCACCAGCAGCCCCCCAGGCACCGGUUUCAACGGCCUCAAUGGCUUGAACGGGCUGAAUGGCCUCAACGGCGAAAUACCCCCAUUCAUGGAGGGUUUCGACUUUGAUAAGGCUCUCCUCAAGUUCGCUGCCGAACGGGAGAAUUUCCUCGAGGACUUGUCCUUCAGUGCUGGAGCCAAGGCGCAGGCCAGACCUAUGGUGAACCCGAGAGCCGAGCGUAUCAAGGCCGACGAGGGUGACAUGAGCGGUCGCAGAAGCCCUCUCCGGAGCAUCGAGAGGAGCAUCAAGGGAAGCAUCCGCCGCAAGAUGAGUUUUAGGGACAUGAACAGCAUGCGCAAGCAACCCACCACACCGCGAGCGAGCACGCCAGGUGCCGCUUCAAUUAGGACUUCCAAGCGCUUGAGCAACUACAACUCUGUCAUUCCUCCCCCGGAGCCCCUUAACACAGACCCAGACAUGCACCCCCUCAAGAGACGUUUCGAGCCCGUGUUGCUCGACAGGUACCCUGCCAAAGACGCAACCGACGAGGUCAGCCGUCGCGGAAAGUUUCCUGACUACGUCCCCAUGUUUGCCUUCCCCAACGAUAUCCAGAUCGUUUCUUCAGACGACCGACCCCGUUCUACCUGGCACGGUUUCACGAUGACAUCGGACGACAACUCCAAGAUCUAUGGUAUCACCAUCAUUAUCUGGACUGCGAUAACAUCUGAGGUUGCAGACGAGGUGGAGAAGCGAUGCGAGCAGUGGCGGCAGAGUCACAUGUCCAACGAGGAACGGGAGUUGGCAGCCAGUCUUGGUGUGCGGCUCGCGGCUGAACGUGCGCAUUUGUCACAGCUGCUCGCGAAGCUGCCGACGAUUCCUUCCGGAUCGUCAGCCCGUGAUACUCUGGAUGACCAAAUCAGUGCUGUGGAGGAGAAGAUCAGUCUCAUGACAGAAAUGUUGAGACCAUUGCGUCACGGUGCUGCAUCCAAGAUUGAUGGGCUGACUGCUGGCGAGAGCGGUCUCUGGGCCCCCAGAGCCUACGGCAUCUUGGGCAGAGAUGUCACAAGAAUGUCGUUCUGGAAGGAGUGGUUGCGCGCCAUUGUGGUGCCCAUGACUGAUGGAGCAAUCCUGCGAGUCCCGCCAAGCUCCCCCAAGGUUGGCCGUUGGCAACCGCUGGAGCGCUACGUCGUCAACCUAUGCACCGAGGCGUUCAGCCCUUUGAGCUCGAAGACGCAGGUUGAGCUCGGUGUGCGCGAAUUGCGAAUGUACUGUCGCAAGGAAGCCACGAACGAGAUUCCUGGGGCAAGAACCAUCGACAUCUAUGCCCUGUUUCGAUGUCUUUCCAUGGAGAACAUCGUUGCCCUCUUCGAAUACGCCAUGUCGGAGUCUCGCAUCAUCUUCAUCUCUUCCCACACUGGCAUGCUUCACCUGGCGUGCCAUGCAUUGGCGAAUCUGUUGUAUCCCCUUAAGUGGGCGAGCAUCUUUAUUCCCGUGCUUCCUGCGCGUCUUCUCUCCGCCCUAGAUGCGCCCUGCCCCUACAUUGUCGGCAUCGAGAGGCGCUACGAGAAGAUUGAGUUGCCGGACGAUGACUAUGUGCUGGUGGACUUGGACAUGGACACGAUUGAUGCAACCACCCAGCCUGUUCGCUUGCCCCGCCAGCACCGCCGCAAGCUUCUCUCGUUGCUUCAUGUGGCCGCACCCCACCACAUUCGCUAUGGAGUGACUGUUGGUCCUCCGCCGUAUGCGAUGGAGUCAUUCCCCUAUGACGCCUUCUCUGCAGAGAACGAUACGCUCUUCAACUCAAGCGUCAGCUCUAGCUCCCUUGGCAAGUGGGUUACACAGAACUCCUCGUCAUUUGGCGAACCCGAACCGCCCAACUCCGUGCGCCCUCCCAUCUUCAAUGCUUUCCUGCAUUCGAGGGGGGACCACGGCAAGUCCGACCGCCCUGAUACGAGCAAGUCCGGAAAGACCAGUCCGCAGUCAUCGGUUUCGCCGGUUUCUAUGAACUUCCCACCCAUGCCGACCACGCCAGUCUCUCGGAGUGACUCUGGCUUCGCUCAGACCCUUAGGGAAAAGAAGUCUGGCCAUUUCGACGAGAAGUCCCGCCGCAGCUCGUCUUUCGGCAUGGACAAGCCCCCGCCUCUCCACCGACCAAGCCUGCCGUUCCUGAACGGACACAACCCGAGCAUGUCAGUCUCUGCCAUAUCGGUUGACUCGCAGUCGUCGUACGGCGGAUAUGCUCCUUCGACCUACGCGCAGUCCACCAUUGCGGCCUCCACCAUCAUGCCCAACAUGUUGAUCCAGCCCGUGAGGAACACAGAGACGACUAUGUGGGUUGAAGGUCACUGCUUCAACUGGAUUGCCCACGAUUCAUCGUCCACUUGUACUGUUUGCGACGAGAGAUCCGAGGGUGACGGUAUUUAUAAGUGCUCUCAUUGCGGUGGAUUCGCCCACAGUCGCUGUCUGGGACACGUUUCGAUCGUCUGUAGCGAAGCAUUCCAUCCUGACCGCGUCCGAGCAGCUUUUGUCCGUUGCCUCGCUAGCUUGCUGUACACGUACAGAAAGCAUCUCGGACGCCCCUCCAGGGAACAGAAGAGCAACGGUCAGCUUUACGCCUUUGACAUGGAUGGUUACAUCAAGAGUCUCCCGUACGAACAACAACCGUACGCUACCAUGAUGCGGGAAACCCAAGCAUUCAACGAAUUCAUCCAUGAGCGUGAGACCAACUCUGCUACACACGCGUCCAUCCGUCUAUUUGACGAGAUCAUCAUGGCCAAGAAGGCCAGAGGCCGUCCCACACUGACGUCUGGACUGUCCCGUCUGUCGACCAUUCGCAUGUCUCAUGGCGCAUCGAGCAACGCUUCGGGCUUUGCUGCGCCUGCGAAGCUCAAGAUCCCCACUUACCUGGGCGAUACCUCUGACCACAUGUGGCGAACUGCCUCGGUACCAGUACCCAACGCCAAGUUUCCGGGCGAGUACCGGACCGUCGUCACUCGGAUUCCCACCAAGCUAGACCCUGCGCUCAUGAGAGAGCCGCGUGCUAUUCAGGGUGUCCCGCGACCCGAGCAGCGCAGAGGCGGCCUCUUGCGCAAGAUGGUACCUAGCAUGGUGGGCAGCCCGCCAAAGUAA